AUGAUAUAUUGCAUAAACAUCGUAUACGGUGCCACGAUUGGUAUUGAGGAUCUUUGCAUUGUCAUUGCCAACUUACCAUUUAGUAAUUUCGGUAUGAAUUCGCCAAAUCGAACUGCAUCUGAUUUAAUGAAAACGGAAAUGAAUCGUGAACUGCAGUACAGUACUGUAGAAAUGGCAGCGAUUGUUGCCAGCAAUGUCCCACUAAUGAAUGAGGAGCAAAGAACCAUUUAUGAUCGCAUUACGCUCGCAGUUCCAGCUGGACAAGGUGGGUUCUUCUUUUUGGUUGCACCGGGUGGAACUGGCAAAACAAUCGUUAUUUCGCAAAUUCUUGCUGAAAUGCGAUCAAAUAAUGGCAUCGCAUUGGCCGUUGCAUCAUCGGGCAUUGCAGCAACUUUAUUGGAUGGAGGUGAUUUCAGGCAAACACUUCCAGUCAUUCCACGUUCAACAUACGCUGAUGAGAUUAACGCUUACUUAAAAUCAUCUCAAUUAUGGCGUAAUGUUGAAAAAUUACAGCUAAAAAUAAGUAUGCGCGUUCAAAUGCUUCAAGAUCCAUCCGCUGAAACAUUUUCAAAACAACUAUUAGAUAUCGGUAAUGGGAAAGUUACUAUAGAUGAAACUGGAUACGUACACACACAGUACAUAAAUCAUGAGUGGCUUGCAGAAAGAGCAAUUUUAGCGGCAAAAAAUGUAGACGUUUACCAUUUAAAUCUGAAGAUACAAAUAUUGUUGGCAGGGAACUUGGUAUCAUAUAAAUCUAAUGAUACAGUUUGCGACGACAGCGAAGCAGUAAAUUCUCCCACAGAGUUUUUGAACUCACUGGAUUUGCAGGGCAUACCACCGCAUAAUUUGCAAUUAAAGGAUGUGCCAAUUCAAUUGAAACGUAUACAGUUUCCGAUUAGAUUGGCAUUUGCAAAGACUAUCAACAAAUCCCAAGGUCAACCGAUGGCUGUUUGUGGCUUAGAUUUGAGAACACCAUGUUUUUCACACGGACAAUUAUACGUGGCAUGCUCUCGAGUGGGUCAACCAUAA